GCCGUGGUCAACGCGGACAAUUGCCUCGUGGCGAGUGCAAUGAAGCUCGCGUGGGAACCCCUAUUCAAUGACUGGGUCUGCGUAGCGCAGCGCGGCCUCCUCGCAGGCAGGUCCAUGCUCAUGAACUUCAUCGACGUCGACGAAACUUCCAUGACGGUCAGCCUGCGGGAAGAAUGGGGGGGCCCUGUAUUGCUCGAUUUUAAGGCCGCCUUCCCGAGCCUCUCCCACGACUACAUGUUCGCGGUGCUGGAUCACAUCGGGCUUCCCCCUGGCCCCCUCAACGCCCUCAAGGCAUUCGACGUCGCGGCUGGCAUCCGCCAGGGCUGCCCCGUGUCUCCCUUGCUUUUUGCGGUUGCGGUGGAUAUCCUACUCCGGCGGCUGGAACGCAAGGUCGCCGAGUUGGCGGCCAGAGCAUUUGUAGAUGAUAUCGGGGUUGUCUCCCAGAACUGGCUGCGCGACGCGGGGGCUCGGAUCCUCGCGGCCUGCUCAGAUUGGGCCCCGGUCUCUUUCGGCUAUCACGGCGUCUACUUGGGCUUUGCCGUGGGCCCUCGCAAGGGCGAUUCCUCCUGGGACAAGGCGCUUAAGAAGUAUGCCGAAAGGGCGACGACCUGGGCGAAUGUUCACCAGGGGCUGCACAUCGGCAUCUUUGCGUGCAACGUGUGUGCGGUCUCUGUUCUUUCCUUCCUCGCCCAGCUGGAGAACCCUCCCCCGCGGGUGCGCGCGCUCGAAACGGCGACGCUCCGCAAGGUCGCCCCCGGCCCCGGCAACUGGGUUUCUAAGGACCUGUGGUAUUUUCGGGAGGGCUAUGGGCAGAACCGCCUCUCGAUGAGUGCCAGGGGCAUCGCAUUCGACACCAUCGCGCCCAGCAUCAAACUCGCACCCUCAAGCGUAGAGGACGGGCCAAAGAUGGAGCGGAGGGUACGCAGUGGCUUCCAGUGUGAGGCCUACAAGCUUCUUAAGGCGAAGAGCCAACCUGGUCGGGCGGAUCCGCCACGAGACGGCCAGGAUUCGAUCGAGCAGUGCAUAUUUUGCAGGUGCGUGCGACGGGUCGCCGAUAACUUCCUCAACAUGCGCCGCGUCGCGCCGUUCGCAGUUGACCAUUUUAUGCUGGCUCACCGGGUGUUUUCGGAGGGCGCGGAGGCCCUGACUUGCAUGGCAGUCCUCCUGUGCGCCGUGUAUCGUACGACCAACCAAUGCAGACCUCUUGGCGGAGUAUCUGAGAACACAGCGUUCGAUGCCAUGAAGCAGCAGUGUCGCAACGCCGUGGCGGGGCACAGCGCCAGCAUGAGGAUCGUGGAUUCGCUCUGGGCUGAGCGGCCCCGGAUCCGUCCCCGCAGGUAG